AUGUCGGAUUUUGACUCCCCAGAUGCUGAGAGCUCUCGACCUGUCUACAAGGUCUAUAAGCGACGCUUUUGGGGUCUAGCUCAACUGGUCUUGUUGAAUAUCGUCGUGAGCUGGGACUGGCUGACCUUCUCGUCCAUCUCGACAACGGCGGCGGAGUAUUUCGAUGUCUCCGAAAGCGCCAUCAACUGGAUGAGUACUGGCUAUCUCUUCGCUUUCUGUGCUGUUAGUCCUUUCGUCAUCUGGACCCUGAACAAAGGAGGCCCCAAACCAGCUAUAAUAACCACGGCCUCACUGCUGCUAGUCGGCAACUGGCUGCGAUAUGCGGGCACAAGAGCAAACGGCGGCAUCUUCGGACUGGCCAUGUUCGGCCAGAUCCUGAUAGGCUUCGCGCAGCCCUUCUGCCUCUGCGCGCCAACUAGAUAUAGCGAGCUCUGGUUCUCGCAUCAAGGCCGCACGAGCGCAACAGCCGUCGCCAGUUUAGCGAAUCCGCUCGGCGCUGCACUGGGCCAAUUAAUCGAUUCAGAAUGGGCGUCCAAACCCUCUGAUAUCCCCAAUAUGGUCCUGUAUAUCUCCAUCAUCUCAACAGUCGCAGCCCUCCCCUCAUUCUUCCUCCCCGCCUUACCCCCAACACCCCCCAGCGCCUCCUGCAUAACCCCCCAAAUCCCCCUCCGCACCGCAACGCGCCAACUCCUCACAACCCGCGAAUUCUGGCAAAUCCUCAUCCCCUUCUCCGUCUACGUCGGCUUCUUCAACAGCGUCUCCUCCCUCCUCAACCAAAUCCUCAGUCCCCACGGCUUCAGCGAGACCGAAGCCGGCAUCGCCGGCGCAAUCCUCAUAGUCGUCGGCCUCGUCACAGCAGCAAUCCUCUCCCCAAUCACAGACCGCUACAAGCACUACCUCGGCAGCAUCCGCGUGCUAGUCCCCGUAGUCGCUAUCACGUAUAUCGGUCUCAUCUUCGCCCCGUCCAGUCCGGCCGGGAUCGCGCCUUCGUACGUUGUUAUGGCGUUGCUGGGCGCUUCGUCGUUUGCUCUGCUGCCGAUUGUGCUUGAGUACCUGGCUGAGAUUACGUAUCCGCUUUCGCCGGAGAUAGGCAGCACGAUUUGUUGGACGGGGGGCCAGUUGCUGGGUGCUUGUUUUAUUCUUAUUCAGGAUGCGUUGAAGGCUGGGGUGGGUGAUGAGCCGCCGUUGAAUAUGAGGAAUGCGUUGGUUUUUGCGGCUGUUGUUGCUGUUGUGGCGGCGCCGUUUCCGCUUACUAUUGGGUUGUUUGGGAGGGUGGUGCCGAGGAAGAGGUUGGAUGUUGAUAGGGGGAUUGUGGUGCAGGAGGGUGGAGAGGAGGCUGGGCCGGAUGGUGAGGUUGGGAAGGGGAAGUCGGACUCUGAUAGUCCUGGUUCGGGUUGA